GCUCUGCCUCAUCCCAACUAAACUUGAACAGCCAAUGAAGAUAGCGAGAAGCAGCCAAUCAGAGGCCGAGGGGGGCGGGCCGUGUCUCAGCAGGGUUUUUUCUUUAAGCUAGCGGGUCACCGGCUUGUCGGAACAGAGUAUCGUUAUGUUUUUCUUCUUAGUCUGCAAGUUAACUAAUUAACCAGCAUAAACCUCUUAUUCACAACGCCCCGUCUAACGUGAACCUGUAUUUUCGUGACCGUCGACACACGUGUGUAUAAACUCUCCCGUUUGAUGCUAGGAAGUAACGUUAGUUUUUACCAUCGCAAAGCUCCGGAUGCUCAUCUUAUCACCGCAUAGCGUUUAACUGGAAUAUUCCAUUUCGGUUAGCUUUGCGUUAAAAAAGUAAUUUAUCAAGUUAAAUUAGUAGAAGAGCCUUUUCGUCUUAGAGGAACCCUGCUAACUUGUUGUUCGUGGUGAAAAGUCUGGUUUGUAAGCUGACCGGCUCGUGGGUAGUGUUUCCUUUCAUCGCCGACUCGCGUGGAGGGAAAUGUGACUUAGCCGGGGCUCGAGGUGUCGUGUAACAGCGGGCUCACGUGCUCUCCGACUCGGUGGACACUCAUGAUAAAGCCAGCGUUCAUCUCCAGCGGCGUUCCGUAAUGCCUCCUUUGCACAGCGACCCGGGCGGUGGAGGAGGUCACUCCGGAGAACCCUCCUCGGCUCCCCCGUCCGAAGCAGCACCCCGAGAGUCCCCCGCCGGUGACUGCCACGCGGACCCGGGCUCGUCAGGGCAUCCCUGUGACGUGUGCGGAGGGCCGGAGCAGGAGCACCGGCUGAAAGUGUUGUUCCAAGUCCUGGACGUGAACGGGGAUGGAGGCAUCUGUGUCAACGACAUGGCAAUUGGGCUAAAGAAACUAGGGGUGCAUCGGACCGAACACGAGCUCAUGAAAAUAUUGAAGGCAGGAGACAAAGACCUGGAUGGACAGUUGGACUUUGAGGAGUUUGUUCAUUAUCUCAGGGACCACGAGAAGAAACUACGGCUGGUCUUCAAGAGCCUGGACAAGAAGAACGAUGGCUGGAUCGACUCGCAAGAAAUCGUGCAGUCUCUGCGUGACCUAGGAGUGAACAUCUCUGAGGAGCAGGCUGAGAAGAUCCUCAAAAGAAUAAGGAGGGGUCAUAUCUGGGCCCCUAUCUUGUACAUGGAUAAGAAUGGGACGAUGACUAUUGACUGGAAUGAGUGGCGGGAUUACCACUUCCUGCAUCCAGCAGGCAACAUUCCUGAGAUCAUCCUCCACUGGAAACACUCCACGAUCUUUGAUGUUGGGGAGAGUUUGUUGGUGCCUGAUGAAUUCACGGCAGAGGAGAAGAAAACCGGAAUGUGGUGGCGACACCUGGUGGCUGGAGGAGGAGCUGGUUGUGUGUCUCGGACCUGCACUGCACCACUGGAUCGGCUCAAAGUCCUCAUGCAGGUUCACAGCUCCAAGAGCAACAGCAUGCAUAUCACUGGAGGCUUUGUCCAGAUGAUCCGAGAGGGUGGUGUGAGGUCACUGUGGCGAGGCAACGGCAUCAAUGUCAUCAAAAUUGCCCCCGAGUCUGCUAUUAAGUUCAUGGCCUAUGAACAGAUGAAGCGCUUAAUUGGAAGUAACCAGGAGACGUUGGGAAUUGCGGAGAGACUGGUGGCUGGCUCUCUGGCUGGUGUAACCUCUCAGAGCAGCAUCUACCCCAUGGAGGUUUUGAAGACGCGGUUAGCCCUGAGGAAGACAGGCCAGUACUCGGGCAUCUUGGAUUGUGCCAAACAUAUCUAUCAGAAGGAGGGAGUGGCUGCUUUCUACAAGGGCUACGUCCCCAACAUGCUGGGCAUCAUCCCCUACGCUGGCAUCGACCUGGCGGUCUAUGAGACUUUGAAGAAUUACUGGCUGCAGCGAUUCGCCACAGACAGCGCUGAUCCAGGGGUGUUUGUGUUGCUGGCUUGUUGCACCACUUCCAGCACAUGUGGCCAGCUAGCCAGCUACCCGCUGGCCUUGGUCAGGACUCGGAUGCAGGCCCAAGCUACCCUGGAGGGGGGCCCUCAAAUGAGCAUGACCGCUCUGUUCAGACAUAUCAUUAGGACAGAGGGACCCAAGGGACUCUACCGAGGCUUGGCGCCCAACUUCAUGAAGGUCCUUCCAUCUGUCAGCAUCAGCUAUGUGGUGUACGAGUACCUCAAGAUCAGGCUGGGGGUCCAGUCAAAGUGAGGAGGGACAUCAUGGGGGCUGAGAAUUGUUUUUGCUUUUCUUUUGAGGCAAGAUUUAAUGUGUGUCAGCUACUAAGAAACAACAUAUUGAUUAUAGAAUAUAUUGAAAUCAUGAUAUUCUAGUGUCUUAAAGAAUGAAUGUGAAUGAAGAGGAAUCUGAACUUAAAAGCAGAGAUAGAGGAAAGGUUGACUGUUUUAAGCAAUCCAAGUUUAGAAAAAACCAAUAUCUAACAAUCAAAGUAGUUUAGUUGACGACUGUGUGGCAGGAGCAGUCCUGCAAGUCUUAUCAAAAGGAAGAGUCCUCAUCUUAAAGGGCUUUGCUAUGGCAGAUCACAAACUCUGAAAAUAAAACCUGCUCUCCCUCUACUCAAUUGAGCUCAUAAAUUAAGUAGGCUGAACUAAUUCAUGACUUUACACCAAACUGAAGUAUUAAAGAAUAUUACAUUGAAACCCCAAUUUGAUUUGACAAGAUGAUGGAACUUUUAAUGUUCUUUUUGUUUCUCAAGAUUCACUGUUUCCUCAGUCGCUCUAAAGACGUUCUGUUAUAUUCAGUCAGCGACAUGUCCUUAUGAUGUGAUCAAACCUAUUGAGUCAUAUCGACAGUGUUUGGGUAAUAAGCUAGACUUAUUUGUUGUAGACUUAUGGGAAACACUGAAAACUGUCAUGCAGUGUCUCAGAAGCCUCUCUGGGACACGCCUCCAUUUUCCAAUUGUUCACUUUUAAAACUUAAAUCUUUUCACAGGUUGAACUUGAACAUUGGGAAAAUGGUAUAAUUUGCUGGAUCACUAAGGAGUAUUUUACUUGUAGGUUGGCUACAUUCUCAAUGAUGUAAUUAAAUAGACCUUUAAGUCCUAUGGCAGGACUGAUGGCUGUGUCACAUGAAGCGGAGUCCUACGAGUGCCUUCUGUGCCUCUCUUAGGUAAAUGCACUAAAUCACUACAAAGGUGGGGGCUGUGGAAUGGUGAAUGCACUUUAUGGUACUCUGCUUUAAUUCAUGUUUUAUUGUUAUUUAUGUAUUUAUUUUAACAGAAAAGGAGUUUGUGAUCUAUUGGUAGUGCUGAAAUUGAUAUUCAGGUGCCUUUUAGAGUGAUCUGUUAGUGUUCAAUACUAAAACAAACAAUGAAACGAUCAUAUGAAUGAAUGCUGUAAAAUAUGUAACUCGUGCAUUUUGAAAUUAUUAAAAUGUGAUGCAUUACAUUUUGUUUUUAAUUUGUUAAUUAGUUUUAUUUCAUCAUAGACCUAAAUGAUGCAUUGAGUUUCAAAAGUCAUUUUUACUUAAUUGGGUGGUAUCUCACACCCAGAAACCAUUUCAACGUAGAGUAAAAUGUAUAAUCUAUAUUUCUAAGAUGCUGUGAGGGAGGAGGGAGAAGUAGAAAGUAAUAUUUGAUAAAUGAAGUACGUUAUAUUGAUUUUAGUUUUGAGUAAAGCCCAAUCUGACCCCUGAGGGACGUAACUGACGUUGCCUGGGAAGU